AUUAUUUAUCUGAUACAUUACACUGUUCUUAUCUAUACGUACAUGUAUUCACAACUAUAAGGAGAUAUACCUUAAAAAUUGCAAAUAAGUAGAGAUGGAAGCACCGUCUAUUGGGACCUUAUUCCUCACGUUCUUCGUGUUUGGAUUUGUUACAAUCAGUGGCGUAGACCCGAGUAAAGUGGAACUGCAUAAAGAUUUUGAAAGCAUUAAUGCCGAGUCCAGAAGAUUUCUUAUGACCCAUCAUUCAAAUAUGCCCUGGAUGUCAUGGAGACAACACGUGGCUUGCCUUACCACGUGUGUUAAUGGAUAUGAAGCAGAAACGGUAGCUUGUUGUACAACUGGAGAUAACAGAUUAUGUCUCAACCUUCCAUUUGGACUUCUUAAUAGUUCCAUUGGGAGUUGUCCAGACUUCUGUCAAAGAAAAUCUGCGGUAAAUUGUGGAACACAAUCUGACCAAGUUUGCGGCUCAAACGGCGUGACAUAUGCAAACAUGUGUGAGUUUUCAAAAGCGGUUUGCGACAACGACGCAUUGAGAGAAGUUAAAAGAGGUCCAUGUCCUCAAAUAGCAACACCUACGACAACUGCAGAUCCAAUUGUAGAAGCAUUUUGUAGUGCAAAGAACACAAUAGUAUGUGGAACUGAACUUGCUGCUGUCUGUAGCUCAGACAGACAGUUUUAUCUGAACAAAUGCGAAUUUAGCAAAGCAUAUUGCAACGAUCGAAAGCUUACUCGCAUGACGUGGGAUACUUGUGUAAAAGAUUUCUGUCAAAGUAAGUCUACGAUAACAUGUGGAACACAAUCAGACCAAGUUUGUGGAUCAGACGGCGUGAUAUAUGCAAAUAUGUGUGAGUUUUCAAAAGCGGUUUGCGACAACGACACGUUGAGAGAAGUUAAAAGAGGUCCAUGUCCUCAGAUAACAACACCUGUGACAACUGCGGGAGUGACCUUGGAUCCCAUUAUGCAAGCAUUUUGUAGUAACAAGGACGCCAUAGCAUGUGGAACUGACCUUUCUCCUAUCUGUGCCUCAAACGGAAACUUUUAUCUCAACAGUUGCGAAUAUAGCAAAGCUUAUUGCGACAAUCGAAAGCUUGCUCGUAAGCCGAGGGAGUUUUGCACAGGAGGUUAAUCCAAUACAAUUGCAUAAUAAACAAUUCAAUGUUUAUAUCAGGAUACUGUCAUUUUUGUCACUGUUCUUUGAUGGGUGUUGCACAUUGUAUUACCUCUCAUGAACACAAUAAAUCAAACCGAGUAUGGCUUU